CGGGACCUAACGGCGCUCCGCAAAACCUGUCAUCGCAUGAGAAAGCAAAGCACAACGAAAACUGAGGUUUACAGCUGUGACAACUUAAAGAAUGAAUGGAACGGGUUGCGGCAACUUUGACAACCAAGAACAUGUCCUCAAACUAGGGGAGACCUUUGAGAAACACCCUAAAAGUGCCUACCAUACAGUGCGAUAUGACUUCAAACCAGCCUCUAUUGACACAACCUGUGAAGGAGAGCUAGAAGUUGGAAAAGGAGAGCAAGUUACUAUUACCUUGCCCAAUUUAGAGGGGUCAAGUGCUCCAGUAACAGUCUUCAAGGGAUCCAAGAGGCCAUACAUGAAGGAGUGCAUCCUCAUUGUGAACCACGAUACAGGAGAGUAUAGACUGGAGAAACUCAACAGCAACAUAGCUGUGAAGAAGACCAGGGCUGAGGGCAGCAGCAAAAUUCACUCUCGCCUGGAGCAGCAGACCAGUCGCCUUAGCCAACAGGUGAAGAGCACCACCACCACCAGCAGCAGUAGUAAGACCUCUACCAGCUCGAAGAGCUCUCCUGUCAAAGAAAAGACCUCUCCGGCGUCUCCCAUGGAUGACAUUGAGAGAGAAUUAAUGGCAGAGGCGCGGGUCAUGGACCAGCUGAGCAGCGGCGGCAGCUCCUCGGACUCCAACAGCUCGUCAUCCUCCAGCAGCGAGGAAAGCUCCAGCAGCAGCGACUCGGAGGGCGAACAGGCUCGUGCACCGCCCUCAGCACCUCCUAACCAGAGCAUGCCCAUCAUCACCACCAGCUCCAACAAACCCAGCCACCAUCAGGAAAGCGGAGGGGGAAUUAUGAACACUCUAAAGAGUGACCUCCAGCUGAGUGAAUCGGGCAGUGAAAGUGAUGACUGAAGGGUGUAAAGAUGUCCAACAACAUGAGAAGAAAUCCCUGAAGAUUUAAGGAGCCAGUAGCAAAUCUGUGUUUCUCCUCCUUCGUCGCAGGAGAGCCUCACAGUCAGAUAAGAUCAUAAUGUGUUACAUCUCACGUCUGCUUUGUUAUUGUAUAGAUCCUUUUUGAGCAGCCUUUAUCGAGAGACAUUUGUAGUUGGAUAAAUAAUUGACAAAGAAAAUGUAAAAGGUGGAAUGACAUAUCCACAGUCUGGUGCCUGAGUCUCCUCUGAUGCUUCUGCAUUCUCACUUCACAAUAAUAAGAGCCGUUUCUGUGCCUUAUGGAAGUUGUGUGUUCUCAGUUUGUGCAACAUGUUCUGGAUUUGUUUUUGAAGCCUCCAUGAUAAUUCCUUUUAGUUUAGUUGACUGUGGAUCAAAAAGAAACUAUCAUUUUCACUUAAUAGAACAUGUAUCCAAAGGCUCCAUGAAGGAAAAUUCUUAUGCUCUUAACACCCAAGAUUUUCAGUCACUGGAGUUUACAAAACUAAAAUCUGUCAGAAAAGCAGCUGAAAGACAACAACUGCCUACUUGAGUUUGUAGUCAGAAAAUAUUCAUCUGUAGCUUUAUUUUGAAUUAUCCCAGCCCUUUGCACUAUAGCUUAGCACGCUUCAUUUAUUUAAAAUGCUGAUAAUCUCCACAUCUUUAGUGAAAUACGUGAUGUUUGACAGAAUAGUGCAUUACUUAUAUGCUUUGUUACUUCAGCCUGCAAUACUUGAAUCUAAAUAAUUAUCUCUCGAAACUUGACCAAACGUAGCUUAGGAAGAGCAAGUUACGAGCAGAUCGCUGCAACUCUGGUGAUGGAUCACCUAGGGAGCAUGUUCCUUUUCUUGUUCCGUCAGCCAGUUUGAUGGCAUAAGAAGGCCACGUUCCUGCCCACCUGCCAAGUGGCUUAAAAAUAAAGCUGCUGGUUUAACAUUUAUUUUUCUACGCCUACUGUGGAUUUUCACCUAGGAGGAACAUUGACAACCAUUUUGUGAGAGAUGUGUGAAUGAAUUAAAGAUUUUACUUGUC